AUGUCGACACUUGGACACAAGAUUGCGGUAACACAGAUAGCGGUUGGGGCUUUGCAUACUCUUGCCCUAGAUGCUACCUCUGGGAUGGUAUACUCGUGGGGAUGUAAUGACGAUGGUGCCCUUGGACGACUGGGACAGGAGAAUCAACCGAGAAGGAUAGAUGGAUUGGAAG